GAGGAAGUGGGAGGGAAUAGAGUCUAAUGACAGCUAGAGAUGCAUUCUGAGGAACCCCUCACUUUUACAAGAGGUUUGGACACUGAAUGACUUUUUGUGGCUGUUUUCAACUUUAACUUUUGGGGGUCUUUUUUCAGUUUAAGGAUAGAUGGUCUACGGGGCUUUUCAGGGAUGUUUUUUAUGUGAUUUUGACUUAUAUUAGCCCAACUGGAAAUAGUUUUGCGUUCCGGUGACGAAAUUCUUGCAGAGAGGGUUAUCAUCUGACAUCAGGUGGACAAGAUGAGAGCAGCGAGGAGUGUCUUCUUUCUUCUUUCUGUCUGUCUGCAGCAGGCAUAUGUGUUUUCCAGCACUCCAGCUCAUGCCCUUGCGGAAGAAAGACUUAUCCGGUCUUUGUUUAGAAACUACAACAAGCUCUCUCGUCCAGUGGCAAACAUCUCAGAGGUGGUUCUGGUCCACUUUGGCCUGUCCAUUGCUCAGCUCAUCGAUGUGGAUGAGAAGAAUCAGAUGAUGACCACAAACGUCUGGGUGAAACAGGAGUGGAGCGAUUACAAGCUGCACUGGAACCCAGAGGAGUAUGAGAAUGUCACCUCCAUCAGGAUCCCCUCCGAGAUCAUCUGGAGACCAGAUAUCGUGCUCUAUAACAAUGCGGAUGGAGACUUUGCGGUGACUCACUUGACUAAAGCCCAGGUGUUUUACAACGGCAGGAUCAAGUGGAAACCUCCUGCCAUUUAUAAAAGCUCCUGCAGCAUCGAUGUCACCUUCUUUCCCUUCGACCAGCAAAACUGCAAGAUGAAAUUCGGCUCUUGGACGUACGAUCGGGCAAAGAUUGACCUGGUCAGCAUGGCCAGUGACGUAGACCAGAUGGACUACUGGGAAAGCGGGGAGUGGGUCAUAGUAAACGCCGUCGGCACUUACAACAUCAAGAAGUAUGAGUGCUGUACGGAAAUCUACCCAGAUAUCACCUACUCCUUCAUCAUCAGACGUCUGCCCCUGUUCUACACCAUCAAUCUAAUCAUCCCCUGCCUGCUUAUAUCCUGCCUGACCGUGCUGGUCUUCUACCUUCCCUCAGAGUGUGCGGAGAAAAUCACGCUGUGCAUCUCUGUCCUCCUCUCUCUGACUGUUUUCCUCCUGCUUAUCACCGAAAUUAUUCCCUCGACCUCGCUAGUCAUCCCGCUCAUUGGCGAGUACCUCCUCUUCACCAUGAUCUUCGUCACUCUCUCCAUCAUCAUCACAGUGUUUGUGCUCAACGUCCACCACCGUUCAUCCCGCACGCACAGCAUGCCCCACUGGGUCCGCCAGCUCUUUCUACACCUGGUGCCCCGUUACCUGUUCAUGAAACGUCCGCCUGCCUCGGGUAAGAGGAACUGUGGGAAACUGAUCGAGAUGAUGCACAAGCCAAUGGCGUCACACUCCAUGUUCCUGCGGAACAACAUUCUGGAUAUUUCUCCGCAAAGUCCGCUCCCUCAUUCGGACGUGACCUCGGUUGCCAAGUUGGAUCAAAUUCAGCAGGACUCUUCCCCCAAACCCAUGUUUUUCUGCAGUUCUCCCAGCAGCCAGUAUUCCAUCCUGCAAGAGGAAACGUUGCAAACAUCUCAAACGCUGGCCCUCGGUUAUACGUGUGCAUUCACAAACAGCAUUUUUGCCUCAAGCACAACUUCAUUUCCAGGUACUAUCCUUGGUACUCUGCUAGACACCUGCGGGACGCAGGAACGAGCCAAGUUUACAGAAUGUGAUAUCCAAGGCCGGAGUGCCGAGGGCAUCUCCAUCGCAGCCAAGGAGAGAGUUCUGGGAGCAGAGAGCUGUCAACACUGUCUCACAUCUGAGAGGACGAGUCUGCAGAAGCUUGAUCAGGAGGAAGCCGGGAGGUGUACUACACAUAACUUGCCCAGCGCCCAGAUCUUCAGCUCUAACAAAGACAGCACUACUGAUCUGUCGCAGUCCUUGAUAAAAGCCUUGGAAGGAGUUCAGUACAUUGCUGACCAUCUGAGAGCAGAGGAUUCAGACUUUUCAGUGAGGGAAGAUUGGAAAUACGUUGCCAUGGUGAUUGAUAGAAUAUUCCUCUGGAUGUUUGUGCUGGUGUGCAUUCUGGGAACCGUCGGACUUUUCCUCCCACCGUGGCUGGCUGGAAUGAUCUAGAUCCUUGUGUGGAGUCUCUUGACUCUUUGCUCGGUCGUCGUGAUUUUGCAAAGGAAGACAUGUUCCAGGAUCCAUAUUACUGACCAAAAAUAUAGACCUAACCCAAUCCCUACCCCUAAACCUAACCCCACCCACAAUGAAUUCCUAAAAUCAGAGAGAAAUGAAAGGUGAAUAACAAGGGUGUACAAGCAUCAAACCCUGAAUGUAAGCCUAAAACUGACAUGUCUUCAAAACGCGCCCCAUGAUUCUGAUUGGUUGAUUGGAAUGUUGUUCAAGGAACAUGUUGUGCUUGGUGGAAUCACGUUCACCGAUUGGAUCUGUGUGGGUGGGGAAUGGCCUUGUCAAUCACACUUGACUUCAGUGACCUCAUUAAACGU